UAUUUCGACAACCUAAUACAGCUUCAAUAUGUGCUGGAAACUCGAAGAAGUCGGAGAUUUUGAGGUUUUGGCCACCUAAUUUCCCACCUGAAUCUUAUCAUUCAAGGGUUUACAUGAAAAGUUAGCUACUGGAGAGUGAAAGACGGUAAAUUCAGCCAAGGGACGCAGCACAAAGAUAAAAUGGGAUUUCAGAAAUUUCUCAGAUCCAUUCCAAAACAAACCGCUUCUGAUCGGACUUCACUGUUACCUCUUGCAUUGAGAACUAUAGAUUCCUCAGUGUGCACCACCAACAACCUCACCCCUGUUGCCCAAAACCAACUGAACAAACUCAUGGAAAUCCACCUUAAACCUUCUUUCACAGCCAAAGAUUUUCUCUCCUUCCUCAAGAAUCACGUCCAUUACCACCCUGUCCUCACUAACCUUGACUUCUACCUCUUCAACUAUGCUGCUUCUGUUGAUUCUUUCCGCCAUGAUCACUCCACCUUUGAGUGGAUGGUCCGCACGCUGGCCAUCACCCACCGCCUCCAAUUUCUUACUUCUCUCCUCCAAUUUGUUGCUUCUAAUCCCUGCCCGUGUGCUGAUGGUAUUUUCUCUUGCCCCAAAACUGAGCCUAUUUUUCGUUUUGCCAUUAAUGCUUAUUGCAAAGCUGGUAGAAUUGAUGAUGCAUUGUUAGCUUUUGACACAAUGAGAAGAUCGAUUGAUGGGAAGCCUGAUGUUGCUGUUUACAAUAUAAUAAUUCAUGGAUUUGUGAAGUUUAAGCAUUUUGAUAAGGCUCUGGAGUUCUAUCAUAGGAUGAUUAGAGAACGAGUGAAGCCUGAUGUAAUUACGUUCAAUACUCUGAUUGCUGGGUACUGUAAGAACUCGCAAUUGGGCUUGGCUUUGCAAAUGUUUAAGGAGAUGAAAACUCAUGGAUGUGCACCAAAUGUAGUCAGCUUUAAUACUUUAAUUAAAUGGUUUCUUUUGGAUGGUAAGUUUGAAGAGGGGAUUGGGAUGGCCUAUGAGAUGACUGAGAUGGGAUGGGAGAUUUCGGCAGUGACUUGUGAGAUUUUGGUUGAUGGUCUUUGCAGGAAGGGAAUGAUGUUGAAAGCGUGCGAUUUAUUGGUUGACUUUUCAAGGAAAGGGUUGCUGCCAAGAACAUUUGAUUACUUUGGGUUACUUGAGAGGCUUUGUAGUGAAGGGAAUGUGGCUAGAGCAAUGGAAUUGGUGAAUGACUUAUGGAGGAACAGGAAUUCUCCAAGCUUAAUCGCUUGUACAACCUUGAUUGAAGGUUUAAGGAGAACAAGAAGGAUUGAUGAAGCAUAUGAAAUUAUGGAGAAAAUGCUACAGGAAUGUAUGCUUCCGGAUAGUGUAACCUUUAAUUGUCUACUUAGUGACAUGUGUGAUGCAGGAAGAGCGAAGGAAGCGAAUAAGAUGAGGUUAUUGGGUUUAAACAAGGGUUUGGAUCCUGAGGCUGUGACGUACAAUAUUUUGAUAUCAGGUUUUAAGAGGGAGGGUAAAAAGAAGGAAUCGGAAGCUCUGGUGGAAGAGAUGUUGGAUUUGGGGUUUAUACCUGAUAUUGCUACUUAUAACAGGUUGAUUGAUAGACAAGCUAAAUCAAAAAGUUAAUUUUCUUCAAGUCGAGAAAACUUAUAAGGUUGCAAUUUAUCGAUCCAUGUGGAAACAGGAGACAUGCAUAUUAGGGAGUACCAAUGGAUAAAGUCAAUGAUUUUCCUUCUUUUACUUCCAAUCAUCUACAAAGAAUAUUGGUGUGUUAUGUAUUGUCUGUGUCUUUUUGAGAGUGAGUCGACUGAAGCAGCAGCUUGGAGUUCUCAUGGAUUGUAAUGGCACAAAAUUUUGUCAUCAUCAACUCUACUAUGUCUGAAUUGCAACACAUCAUAGCAGAUAUGCUGGUUAUUUCUUAAUUAACAUGGAGAACAGUAAACUCUUCUGUGCACAUUGAAAGAAGCUCUGCUAUGCUGGAAAGAGAUUCAACAAUGAAAAAAAAAAGAUUGAUUCUUUUGGAUCCUUCCUUUCUUCAAACGAAACGAAAGAAGAUAGAAUCAGGCCGAUUCCCGAAAUGCCUUUAUGUAUAUUCCUCAAUGUCCCAGCUAUUCAUAGAAUGUGAGAAGCAGAUGAUUAGAAUCAGGCCGAUUCCUGAAACGCCUUUCUGGAUAUUCUUCAAUGCCCCAGCUAUUCGCGGAACAUGAGAAACAGAUGAUUAAUCAUCUUUUUCAGAAGAAAUCGAAUAAUUUCUUGGGUAUCCUACAAGAUCUAUUCGUUCUUUUUUCUCUGAUAGAUGGCUAGUACUUCAUCUAGGUUCCCUACUGUAAAGAAGCAACUCAAGAGAAUAUGGAGAACAGUACUCUUGUGUAUUCCAUGGGCAGUUUAUCGGAGAGGAAACACACAUGUUUUGGAGCCACUGAAGAAGCAAUUGUUUAACUGAAAUAACAUAGAAUCUGUGAUGGAUCUGAUAGGCCCUGUACAUGCUAAUGGAGUCUUGCCCUGUACCUGUACAUAAUUAUUGAGCACCUACCUGGUGCUUUCAUAUAAUGAAACCUAGCUACCUAUAAAAAAUUUGUCCGUCGUCAUAUUAAUUACUUGGAAUUCCUGUCUUUUAUUUUGGUUGCAUGAGUUACAAGCUACAGAUUUCACGAACCGUUUAAUUUCUCAGCAUCUUCUCUCUUUGAGUUGAGGAAACAUAAAUGGUUGCAAUCUAUUGAUCCCGCUGUAGACAGAUGAUUGUUAUGAACAAUGUACAGAUCAUUGUGUGAUUAAUCCUCCUUUUUACUAAUGACAAAAAAGGGGAGAUAAGUGGACACAUUAUCUAAUGUCCAGGAUAGACACAGUUUAUACAUCAACAGAAAAAGUCAGAGACACAUGUAUAAAUUUAGGGGGAGAAGCAUCAACUCAGAGCAAAGUCUCGUCAACUGCUCUCACCAAUCACCACUCUUCAAUUGUUUCUGAAGAAGUUUUGUCAUCAUAAAAAAGGAAAAUCUGUUUGGAUAAUAAGCCAACUCACAAAGGAACAGAAAUCACUUGGAUAGAUGAUGAAAAUAUGUCAAGCUGAAUGAGAGACUCUGUAAACCACGAUAGAUGACAAGAAAAGAAGAUUGGUUCGAAUAGUUUGGUAAGGACGACAAGAUGCAGCUUCAUUAAUUACUCAAAGAAAUAAUCAAGGGAAUAUAUAAAGAUACAAUCAGCAUGUGACAAAGAACAUUACUAAGGCACCCAGACAACAGUACAGCCAAGUCAGCAAGAAGACCCAAGAGAAGGACUGUUCACAUGCAAACCUAGUUCAGAUAUGCACGUUGUAAUCAAAGUGCAUUCAGUGAUGCCGUUAGAGCUUAAGAAGUUCACGACACGAGAAGGCACGCAAGAAAGCAAGAGUUUAAAUUUCGUUAAUGAAGAGGAGCAUGUUUACAAGUUAUGAAGGAAGAGAAUAUUGUCAACUAAGCUGAUUCCAAGAAAAAAUGCCCGAAGGAUGAGGAAGAUAUUUCAAAAGCUACAGAGAGAGGGAGAUUGAAGGCUUUCGAGUAUAAAAGGGAGCAGAUCAAACUCUGUAGUUACUUUUGCAGAUAUGAAAGGUUUCUUUCUAUCCUCUUGUAUAUCUUUGUAGAGAUUGUACAUUCUGAGUUUAUGCACAAUGUUCACCAUAACCUUAAUGUUGUAAUGCUGUAAGAGCGAAACUCGGUUGUUGAAUUUAAAUGGUUGGGAAACUCCCCUUUUUCUUUCUA